AUGGAAAACAGUGUUGCAUAUGAGAAUGAUCUUAACAUGAAGGAUACUGAGUUAAGACUGGGACUUCCAGGAACAGAAGAAAAUGAGAAUGAAAAAGUACUAUCUGUUAAAGUUUCCAACAAAAGAUCAUUGGUUGACACCUCUAAGGACAGUGCCGGUGGUUCAAAAGCCUCUGAAUCUGAUGCAGCACCUCCUUCUAAGGCAAAAAUAGUGGGGUGGCCACCAAUAAGAUCUUACAGGAAGAACAGUUUGCAAGAGGCUGAUGCUUCUGGGAUUUAUAUAAAAGUGAGUUUGGAUGGAGCUCCUUACCUUAGAAAGAUUGAUUUGAGAAUCUAUGGAGGCUAUGCACAGCUUCUCAAAGCUUUGGAAAACAUGUUCAAGUUAACUAUUGGUGACUAUUCAGAAAAAGAAGGUUAUAAAGGAUCUGAAUACGAACCUACUUAUGAAGAUAAAGAUGGUGAUUGGAUGUUAGUUGGAGAUGUUCCAUGGAAUAUGUUUGUGACAUCUUGCAAAAGACUAAGAAUCAUGAAAGGAACAGAAGCUAGAGGUGUUUGA